AGAAAAAAAGUAUGAGCAUGUGUGUGUUUUGUUUCCAAGACCAGGCAGAGGCAAUUGAUUCAUUUGGAAAAGUUUGUAAGACCUUCAAGUGGCUACGGCGACCCAAGUGACCUUCGAGCGAAGUCUGCGUCUUUGUGCCCAAAAUCUGCCAAAGGCGUUCCCAGGGACACCUUUCUAGAAGAAGCUAAAACAAAAUAAAGUUUCUGCAAAGGAACUUUUUGAGCCUGCAACUAGAACACAAUCUACUUCCGGGGAAGGCGGAGGGAGCACGUGGGCAUUUAGAGUUGAGCUGCACGUGGGCGCGGAGUGCGCAGGCGCGCGCUGGAGCCAGGAGGGCGUACUCGGGAUUGUAGGCGAGGGAAGUGCUGGACGCAUCCCAGGCGUCUGGGCUCCCAGCACCGGCAGUCACCGCCACCGCCAGGCUGCAGAAAGAGCGCUGGCGUGUCUCUGCAUAGGCAAACCAGAGCUGGAGUGGCGACACGAAGGAACCGCCAGACACACCUGGCUCUGCGUUUUCUCCUCCAUCAUCCUCAGGCUGUGCUCAUUUCUCCCUGAUUACAAGAUGGGUGAUAAAUCUCCAGGCCUCAGGAACGUGUUGCAGACCUCUGAGUGUUAAAUCGCCAUUUAAUAUGAUGUCAAGAAAUAAUUCGGAAGCACCUCCUUGUAAGGUGACAGAGCCAUUUAAUUUUGAGAAAAAUGGAAAGAAGCUUCCACCACAUGAAUCUUUAAGAAGUCCUGGAGCACUUCCUAACCGUCCUAAUUUCAGGCUGAAAAGUUCAGAGAAUGGAAAUAAAAAGAACAAUUUUUUGCUGUGUGAGCAAACCAAACAAUAUUUGGCCAGUCAGGAAGACAAUUCAGCUUCUUCAAACCCUAGCAGCAUCAAUGGAGAAGUGGUUGGAUCCCAAGGAGACAGGAAAAAAUCGCCAGCAGGAAACUCAGAGUCAUCACCAAGUGUUGAAAAUAACUCACCAAAGGAAGUGAAUACUAAGCCUGAAAAUAAUGUACAUCCUGCAAAGUCCAAAAAAUUACACAAGUUGGUCGGGAAUUCCUUGUCCAUAAAUAAUCCAGGGCUCUUCACCUCCUUAGGACCUCCUCUUCGGUCAACAACUUGCCAUCGCUGUGGCCUGUUUGGAUCUCUGAGGUGCUCUCAGUGCAAGCAGACCUACUAUUGCUCCACAGCAUGUCAGAGAAGAGACUGGUCGGCACACAGCAUCGUGUGCAAGCCUGUUCAACCAAAUUUCCAUAAACUUGAAGAUAAUAAACCAUCUUUUGAAACAAAGGAUGUGGAAGUAAACAAUAAGAGUGACUGUCCACUUGGAGUUACCAAGGAAAUAACCAUGUGGGCUAAGAAAGUAAUGUUUUCUGAUUUGAGAAGCCUACAGCUCAAGAAAACCAUGGAAAUAAAGGGCACAGUUACUGAAUUCAAACACCCAGGGGACUUUUAUGCGCAGUUAUAUUCUUCAGAAGUUUUAGAAUACAUGAACCAACUCUCUGCCAGCUUAAAGGAAACAUAUGCAAACAUGCAUGAAAAAGACUAUAUUCCUAUUACGGGGGAAGUUUGUGUUGCCAAGUACACUGUUGAUCAGACCUGGAACAGAGUGACCAUACAAGAUGUUGAUGUGCUACAAAAGAAGGCACAUGUCUUAUAUAUUGAUUAUGGAAAUGAAGAAAUAAUUCCAUUAAACAGAAUUUACCAACUCAACAGCAGCAUUGACUUGUUUCCUCCUUGUGCCAUAAAGUGCUUUCUAGCCAAUGUAAUCCCAGCAGAAGGGAAUUGGAGCACUGACUGUAUCAAAGCUACUAAACCACUGUUAAUGGAGCAGUACUGCACCAUAAAGAUUGUCGACAUCAUGGAAGAAGUGGUGGUUACCUUUGCUGUAGAAGUUAUGCUGCCAAAUUCAGGAAAACUUUUAGACCAUGUGCUUAUCGAAAUGGGAUAUGGCUUGAAACCCAACGGACGAGAUUCUAAGAAGGAAAGUGCAGAUCAAAGUGUUCCUGAAGAUGCUGGAAAAAUGAUAGCUGACAACAAAAUUGUUGUAGACAAAAGUGACCUAAUCCCGAAAGUGUUAACUUUGAAUAAAGGUGAUGAGUUUUGUGGUGUGGUGGCCCACAUUCAAACACCAGAAGACUUCUUUUGUCAACAACUGCAAAGUGGCCGUAAGCUUGCUGAACUUCAGGCGUCCCUUAGUGAAUACUGUUGUCACUUAUCUCCGCGCUCUGAUUUUUAUCCAGCCAUUGGUGAUAUAUGUUGUGCUCAGUUCUCAGAGGAUGAUCAGUGGUACCGUGCCUCCGUUUUGGCUUACGCUUCUGAAGACUCUGUACUGGUUGGAUAUGUAGAUUAUGGAAACUUUGAAAUCCUGAGUUUGAUGAGACUUUGCCCCAUAAUCCCAAAGUUGUUGGAAUUGCCAAUGCAAGCUAUAAAAUGUGUGCUAGCAGGAGUAAAGCCAUCAUUAGGAAUUUGGACUCCUGAAGCUAUUUGUCUCAUGAAAAAACUUGUGCAGAACAAAAUAAUCACAGUGAAAGUGGUGGACAAGUUGGAAAACAGUUCCCUGGUGGAGCUUAUCGAUAAAUCCAAGAUGCCUCAUGUCAGCAUUAGCAAAGUUCUCAUAGAUGCAGCCUUUGCUGUGGGAGAACAGGGGAUGGUGGCAGAUAAACCCAGUGACAUGAAAGAAGCCAGUGUUCCCCUGGGUGUGGAAAGAAAAGUAAAUCCACUGGAGUGGACGUGGGUUGAACUUGCUGUUGACCAAACAGUAGAUGUUGUAGUCUGUGUAAUAUAUAGUCCUGGAGAAUUUUAUUGCCACGUGCUUAAAGAGGAUGCUUUAAAGAAACUCAAUGAUUUGAACAAGUCACUAGCAGAACAUUGCCAGCAGAAGUUACCUAAUGGUUUCAAGGCAGAGGCAGGACAACCUUGUUGUGCUUUUUUUGCAGGUGAUGGUAAUUGGUAUCGUGCUUUAGUCAAGCAAAUCUUACCAAAUGGAAAUGUUAAAGUACAUUUUGUGGAUUACGGAAACAUCGAAGAAGUUACUACAGGUGAACUCCGAAUGAUACCAUCAUCAUUUUUAAACCUUCCCUUUCAGGGGAUACGGUGCUGGUUAGCAGAUAUACAGUCUAAAAGCAAGCAUUGGUCUGAAGAAACCAUAGCAAGAUUUCAGAAAUGUGUUGCUGGGAUAAAAUUGCAAGCCAGAGUGGUUGAAGUCACUGAAAAUGGCACAGGAAUUGAACUCACUGAUCUUUCCACUUCCUAUCCUUUAAUAAUUAGUGAUGUUCUGAUUGAUGAACAUCUGGUUUUACGAUCUGUUUUACCACGUAACAACUUACCAAAUGACAGACUUGUUAAUAAACAUGAGCUUCAAGUUCAUGCACAGGAACUUCAAGCUACCUCUUCAGCUGAUCAAUGGAAGACAAUAGAAUUGUCGGUUAGUGAAACUGUACAAGCAUAUGUAUUAGAAAUCAUAAGCCCAAACUUGUUUUAUGCUCUACCAAACAGAAUGCCAGAAAAUCAGGAAAAACUCUGCCUAUUGACAGCUGAAUUAUUAGAGUACUGCAAUGCUUCGAAAAGUCAACCAUCCUAUAGACCAAGAAUUGGAGACGCGUGCUGUGCCAAAUACACAAAUGAUGAUUUUUGGUAUCGUGCAGUUGUUCUGGGGACAUCAGACACUGAUGUGAAGGUGCUCUAUGCAGACUAUGGAAACAUUGAAACGCUGCCUCUUUGCAGAGUACAACCAAUCACCUCUGGCCACCUGGAGCUUCCUUUCCAAAUUAUCAGAUGUUCACUUGAAGGAUUAAUGGAAUUGAAUGGAAGCUCUUCUCAAUUAAUAAUAAUGCUAUUUAAAAAUUUCAUGUUGAAUCAGAACGUCAUACUUUCUGUGAAAGGAAUUACAAAGAAUGUCCAUGAGGUGUCAGUGGAGAAAUGUUCCGAGAACGGGACAGUCGAUGUAGCUGAUAAGCUGGUGACAUUUGGACUGGCAAAAAACAGCAUACCUCAAAGGCAGAGUGCUUUAAAUAAAGAAGAGAUGUGUAGGAUGAAUUGCUGCUGCACAGAGUUACAGAAGCAAGUUGAAAAACAUGAACACAUUCUUCUCUUCCUCUUAAACAAUUCAACAAACCAAAAUAAAUUUAUUGAAAUGAAAAAACUGUUAAGUUAAAUAAGAUAAAUUUGAUGUUUUUGCCUCUUGCGGUCAGCAGUGUGACAUCUUCAGGUAUAUUGUCUGGAUAGAGCUGACGACGUGAAACCUAUUUUAAGGCUGGACUUUUGUGGUUUAAUGACUGAGGUUUGGUUAUCAUGCUUCUGUUGUCUUUGUAGCUUUGGUCUGAUCAUUUUCCUUUGCCACUGCUAAGGGAACUGAGCCCCUAGGGCGUUCCACUUGUAAUAGCCUUUCUUUAUUGUUGUUUGAUUUUGAGAAUGCCAAUGUUAUUGAUACGUGGAUGGGCUUGUAAAAGUUGUUGUGAUAUAAAGCUUAGCCUCAGAUUUUUUGUCUAGAUUUGAAAUUAGCUCAACUCUCACGCACAUUGCUGUAAAUAUCUUUAGUGCUUUUUGUGAAGAUUAUCCAAAGGGCCAAGAAUGGAAAGUGGGCUGCACUGAGGGUAUGUUCAUUUCAAAACAAAACAUACUUCCUGCUUCUGCUGUGGUGAUUCUAGUGUCUAUAAAGAACAUACUGGUGAGUUUCAAACCAGCAGUUCCUCCUCCCACCCCGCCUUUUUUUUUUUUUUAAACUGUCUGGGAUCCUUUGUUGUAAGAUGGCUCUCAGAAAUAAAUUUUUGAUUAAGAGCCAGUUAGAACUUGUAAUCACAGCUGGGCACAGUGGCUCAGGCCUGUAAUCCCAGCCCUUUGGGAGGCCAAGGUGGGCAGAUCACCUGAGCCCAGGAGUUCAAAACCAGCUUGAGCAACAUGGCAAAACGCUGUCUCUACUAAAAAUACAAAAAUUAGCUGGGCAUGGUGGUAUAUGCCUGUUAUCCCAGCUACUUGGGAGGCUGAGAUGGGAGAAUCGCUUGAAUCCAGGAGGUGGAGGUUGCAGUGAGCCAAGAUUGCACUUCUGUACUCCAGCCUGAGUGAGACUCCAUCUCAAAAAACAAAAAACAAACUUCUGAUUUCAAAAUGAAGUUGUCCUUCUCACAGUUGGUAUAGUUCCAGCCAAAAGCAAAGAAACUUUGAUUUACUUAAUAUGUGCACUUUUGUUGGCUAACAAGCAGUUUAUAUUAGACUGUUUGGAAAUAGCCCAAGAGGUAGCCAUUUUACUCUUUGUGAAUCUUUUAUGGGUGUAGUAACUCUUAAGUAAAAACCAACUAUGUAAAACAUACUUCCCAUGUGGUAAUAGACUGUUCUCUUGUUUUUUUAAGAAAGAUUAAACUGAAUUCUAAGCUAAACAUAAUUAAUGUAAGAUCAACUGUCUUCUCACGUUUCCUUUUACAAAUUUUGGGUUAUUACAGUUUUCAGUCUUUUCUAAUACAUUGUCUUAAUACUACUGUUUUGCAUGUUUUAGCUUAAAAUGUUUUUUUUUUUUUGGAGUCUUCCUGUCAUCCAGGCUGGAGUGCAGUGGCACAGUCUCGGCUCACUGCAACCUCUGCCUCCCAGGUUCACACAGUCCUUGUGCUUCGGCCUCCCAAGUAGCUGAGACUAUAGGCACGCACUGCCACGCCCGGCUAAUCUUAAACUUAAUAGAGGUGAUUUUACUUUAAUAGAUUAAGGAACAUACAAUGACAUGGAUUUCUGGAAUUUAGUCCUAGUACCAAGUCAUUAUAUUUUUGACCAAGUUGGUUGGCCUGUUUGUGCUUCUUAUCUGUGUAAUAGGGUUUAUUGAGAGUGCUUACACAUCUAUACCUUAAGGUGAAAUUUCGUUGUUUCUUGAUUGAGACAGGGCUUGGAAAGGACAAAGGAAAACUUGAUUUAUAGCAUAGUAGUUGAACUGGAUUUUUCCCUACUGUGGGAAUACAUAUUUUGUUUACAUUUGAAUACAGUGUAAUACCUAGUGUUUGGGUAGUGUAUAUUUACAAAGCACUUUUACAUCUACUCACAUACUUAAUCUUCACAAUAUCCUUGAAAAUAAAGUAGGACCCAUUUUACAGUUAUGGAAGUUGAGGCCCAGAGAAGGUUACAUGACUGUCCAAAAUCACACACAAACUGAAUUAGGUCUUACAACUCAAAACUGAGUUCUCUCAACUUCCAUUAGCUGCUGUAUGUCCAGUACCCUUUUAGAUCAAUUCCACAGGGCAUGAAACUAGAGGAUUACAUUAUUAGGACAACAUGAUGUACAUGGUUGCUUAAGCAUGACUUCGUUGUGGUGAAAAUACAGCUGAGUACUCCUUUGAAUUGUUCUUUGAGAUAGAGUGGGUGUAAAAAUGUAUUUUGGCUGGGCACAGUGGCUCAUGCUUUGUAGUCUCAGCACUUGGGGAGGCUGAGGUGGGCAGAACACAGGAGGCCCAGGAGUGUGAGACCAUCCUGGCCAACAUGGUGAAACUUCAUCUCUGUCAAAAAAAAAUACAGAAUUAGCCAGGUGAGGUGGUGUAAACCUGUAGUCCCAGCUACUGGGGAGGUUGAGGCAGAAGAACUGCUUGAACAUGGGAGCCGAAGGUUUCAGUGAGCUGGCAUGGCACCACUGCACUCUAGCUUGGGCAACAGAGUGAGAGCAUGUCUCAAAAACAAAACAAAACACACCAAAAAACUGUAUCUCACCAUCUCUGGAGAAAUUUAGUUGUCACAAAUUUAAUAUUAAAAUUGCUAAAAUAGAAGUGCUGUGAUAAGAACAUAAAACCCUCUGUAAUCUGUUGCUCAAGUGAUAAAUGUUCCAACACACAAGUUAAUGUCAGAUAUCCUUUAUAUGUGAAGGAGAGUGCAAACAGCUCCAUUUUACAUUUGUGAAGGGGAGUAUAAAAAGCUCUACUUAGUAUAUAUCAUGCUAUGUUGUGGUGGCUAAUUUUCUUAACUGACAUUUCUGACUUAAAUGUGUAAUUUCAAUUAAAAGUGAAUAUUUGCUUUGCUUAUAUUUGAAGUUAAGAGCCACAGCGAUACUGAGUUUCGUGUAAGGCGCAACGGCAGCUGAUUGUUUUCUUUCUCAGAACCAGCCUCUCCGAGGUAAACACUUAAAGGAAUCUGCAAAGGCUAGACUUAGCAGAGAAAGUACAGUACCUGGUGUUUUCGUUUGUGGGAACCUUUUCUUUUUCCAGUUUCUCUGUAACGACCUUCUAUGUUUUUGCCUGCCUGCCAUUCCCUUACUAGGCUGGUAGUUUUUAUUUUUCUCUAAGUUCUUCCCAUCAAAUAAAUAAGUAUUGUGUAAAAAAUUCA